AUGGAACGUAGUUCAGUGGAACAAAAACAAGGUGACGCCCCUACUGAAGGCAACAAUGUGGGAACAGAAUGUAUAUUCAAUAGUAGAGAUGCAUUACUUCGAUGGGCUCGUGAACAAGGAAAAUUGAAUAAUAUUGUCAUUGUAAUUAAAAGUUCUGAUUAUGGAGGUAAGGGUAAGAGGAGACCUCGUGUAAUACUUGCUUGUGAGAGGAACGGUAACUAUAAGUCUUGCAAGUAUAGUGAGACAACUGAUAUAAGGUCGGAUGCAAAUAGUGAUAUGAAAAAAUGUGCUAGGGACACUGGUACCAAGAAAUGUGGAUGCCCAUUCUUGUUAAAAGGUAUCAAGAUUGGUGAUGAGGAUGAUUGGAAGUUGGAGGGGGUUUGUGGAGUACACAACCAUCCAAUUUCAGAGUAUCUUCAAGGUCAUUCAUUUGUGGGGCGACUUACUGAAGAGGAGAAUGCCUUGUUGGUGGAUAUGUCUAAGAGUUUGGUGAAACCCAGAGAUAUUUUGGUCACCAUUAAAGAUAGAGAUGCAAUGAAUGUUUCAACUAUGAAGACAAUAUACAAUGCUAGGAUCCGAAAUAGAACCAAAGAAUUUGCUGGGAGAACCCAAAUGCAACAAUUGCUUACUAAGUUAUCCGAACACAAUUAUAUUGAGUGGCAUAGGACAUCUGGUGAUAUUGUAACUGACCUGUUUUGGACACACCCCACUAAUAUUGAUAUUGUGCGUGCAUUUCCACAUGUACUUAUCAUGGAUUGCACCUAUAAGACUAAUAGGUAUCGUUUCCCACUAUUACAAAUUGUGGGGGUGACAUCUACUAAUAUGACAUUCUUUGUUGCAUAUGUGUAUAUGAAUGCCGAUAAGGAAGACAAUUACACAUAG